GCUCCUGCUCUGUCCGGUUCUGUCCUUCAGCUCCUCUGUAAUCCUGUUAGCGCUGUAAUCCUCCCACUGCGCUCAGAUCCCUGCUGGUCUUUUCUUCGCUACAGCUCUGUGGGAUGCUGCAGGAAACCAGCUGAACCAUUCAGGAUGUUGAGCUGGGUGGUUAAAGUCGUUCCUCAGCCUCCUGAACUUCCACCUAAAAACACAGAGAACCCAAAGGAAGGAACACCGGCUGCCGCUCCGCCCCCUGCUGCUGCCCCGCCCCCUGUACAUGAAAAGAAGGUGAAGUUUGAAGAUGAGUGCAGAAAAGAAACUUUGAAAACUGAAAAAGCAAAGCAGGAAGUUGAGGUUGCUGCAGGGAACGGUCCGGCUCCAGGUAUGCUAACAUGGAUCAGCAGCGCCCUCCCUCAGCCAACACCCCCAACCAACCACAACCGAGCUAACGCCACUGCCAAGGAGGAAACUGCAGCAGCCAGCAAGCCUGACGAUGAGAAAGGGAUGAUAGCCUGGAUCUCUCAGGGUUUGGAGAAAGUUGUUCCUCAGCCGGAUCUAAAGAGCAAAGAGUCGCCAGCAGCUGAGCAGCAGGCUCAGCAAACAGCAGCUCCAGCAGAACCUCAGAAUAGCGGGAAGGAACAGGAAGCAACGGACCAGACAGCUCCGCCCAGCAUGAUGGAGUGGAUCAAGCACGGCAUCGUGAAGGUGGUUCCUCAGCCUGAGAUCCCUCUGAAGACGGAGCCUGAACCCCAAGCUCCACCCAAAGCUCCUCCUGCAGCUCCUCCUGCGGCUCCUCCUCCUCCUGCUGCAGCCAUGAAGCCAGCCUCAGAGACAGAGUCUGCAAAGGAAGCAGAGCAGCAGCCAAACAUGAUGGGCUGGAUAGUCAAUGGCAUUGGACGCAUGUUGCCUCAGCCCGUCCCAAAGCCGGAGGCAGCGAAUGCUGAGGUGCAAAGCAGCGGCUCUGCUGAGAAGAAGAUGGACCUGGUCCUGGAAGAUCUGGAGGAGGUGAAGGAGGAGCCGCAUGAGCAGAUCAAUCAGCAGAUGUCUAAAAUAGAGAUGGACGAUGCAGAGACGCAGGUAGAUGAACUGACCCCACUGAUGGACAGUAUCAAGAAGGAGGCUGGAGACGCUGUCCUCGCUCACAUGGAGGAAAGGCUGCAGCAGGAGCGUCUAGAGGCGGCCCGGGUCGCUGAGGAGAUGGCCAGGAAGGCGGCAGAGGAGGCAGUCCGACAGCUGGAGGUGGAGCAUUCAGCCAAGAUCGUCAUAGAAACGCUCCCGGAGUCCAAUGAGCAACUACCCAACAUCCUGGAGGAGGAAAAUGAAGAUGAACCAGAGCUGCAGCACCUGCAGGAGGACAGUGAGGACAGCACAGAUAAUAAAAGCAAAAGCACUGAGGCGAAUCAAACGGAGGAGACCGAACUGAAGAGGUGUCUGGUGGAUAUCUGUCCAGCUGAAGACGAACCUGAAGCAACAGCUGAAGGGAACCAGCCCACCGAAGCUGAACAUGAAACAACGGAGCAGGUCACUCCUUCUUCAACUGAUGUAGAACCAGCAUCAGAGAGGAAAGACCUGGAGAGUCCUAUAAACCAGCAGCCAGAACCACCACCCCCCUCCACAGAGCAGAGCGAAGCUGCGGCAGCAUCUGCAGAAGAAGCAGCAGCAGGUGGAACCGGAGAGAGCUGCAGGAAAGCUGAAGCUUCCAAGGUGAAGGUGGCGGGUCAGGAGGGGCUACACGGACACAACCUGAACAUCCCGCAAAUAAUCACCACCCCAGAACCCGAGGCCAACACUCUGAUGGUCCCAGAGAUCAGAGCUGAUCUGUCUGCAGGCGAGGAUGAUGAGGAGCUACUGAAGGUGGAUUUGAAGACCUGGUCAAGUCAGGGAGACCUGCUGACUGCAGACGACGAGAUGCGUCCUCUCUCUGCCGCCAGCAUCGGCAGCGUUGUGAUCCAGGAGCGCCUGAAUGAGCUGGUUAAGCUUUUUAAAGGUCGGACUGAGAGACAGAAGGACCGCCUGGUGGAUCCGGAUGAGUCUGAGGAGGAGAGUCCCUCAGCAUCUCCUAGCAAAGCUCCACCACCUCCUCCUCCACCGCCUCCUCCAGAAGAAGAGAAGAAGGAAGAAGCAGCAGCGCCAGAAGAAGAGGAAGAGCUGUUCCAGUUUGAGCUCCUGGGGCAUCCAGUGAAAAUACCCCAUCUUCCCCCGAUGCCUGACUGGCUGCGAGCUAUCCUGGAAUAUCGCUUUCCCUCCAGCAUUGACCCAUUCACAGAUCUGAUCUAUGUCAUCUGGCUGUUCUUCGUGGUGGCGGCCUGGAACUGGAAUGUGUGGCUGAUCCCUGUCCGCUGGGCGUUCCCCUAUCAGACACCUGAGAACAUCCACCUGUGGCUGCUGAUGGACUACACCUGUGACUUCAUCUACAUCGCAGACAUCCUCAUCUUCCAGCCCAGGCUGCAGUUUGUCCGUGGGGGAGACAUCGUGUGUGAUAAAAAGGACAUGAGAGAACAUUACAUGACCACUGAGAGGUUCAAGAUGGAUGUCAUCAGUCUAUUUCCCAUGGAGAUAUUAUACUACUUCACUGGGGUGAACUCUCUGCUUAGAUUCCCUCGUCUGCUGAAGUACAUGGUGUUCUUUGAGUUCAACGACAGAAUGGAGGCCGUGAUGAAGAAGGCCUACAUCUACAGGGUAAUUCGGACCUCUACCUACCUGCUGUACUCUCUGCACAUCAACGCCUGUCUCUUCUACUGGGGCUCCGACUAUGAAGGCCUUGGAUCCACCAAAUGGGUCUACGAUGGAAGAGGCAACGCUUACAUCCGCUGUUACUACUUCGCUGUAAAGACGCUAAUCACCAUCGGCGGACUGCCAGACCCAACAACUGUCUUUGAGAUCUGCUUCCAGCUCAUCAAUUACUUUGUGGGCGUGUUUGCUUUCUCCAUCAUGAUCGGUCAGAUGAGAGAUGUAGUCGGAGCAGCAACAGCGGGUGAAAAUUACUACCGGGCCUGUAUGGACAGCACUGUCAAGUAUAUGAACUCCUACAACAUCCCCAGAGAAGUCCAGAACCGCAUCAAGACUUGGUACGACUACACCUGGAAGAUCCAGGGCAUGCUGGAUGAACAGGAGCUGCUGAUUCAACUACCUGCUAAAAUGAGGCUGGACAUUGCUGUAGACGUCAACUACUCCAUCGUCAGCAAAGUGGCACUUUUUCAGGGCUGCGACAGGCAGAUGGUGUUCGACCUGUUGACCAGGCUGAAGUCUGUUGUGUACCUGCCUGGAGACUUUGUGUGUAAAAAGGGGGAGAUUGGAAGGGAGAUGUAUAUCAUCAAGCAAGGGGAAGUUCAGGUGGUUGGCGGUCCUGACCUGCAGACCGUGUUCGUCACCAUCAGAGCUGGCUCUGUGUUCGGAGAGAUCAGUCUGCUAGCCGGGGGUGGGGGAAACCGGAGAACAGCCAACGUGAAGGCUCAUGGAUUCGCCAACCUCUUCAUUCUGGAUAAGAAGGACCUGGCAGAGAUCCUGGUCCAUUAUCCCGAGUCCCAGAAACUCCUGCGAAAGAAGGCCAAGAAAAUGCUGACCAAGGACAAGAAGCCGGAGGAGAAGGAGACACGUAAGGAGGCAGCGGAGGUCAUCCCGCCCCGACCAGACACCCCCAAACUGUUCAAGGCUGCUCUGAAGGUGACGGAGCAGGCGGGCAUUGAGGGGACCUUCGCCAAGCUGAAGAAGGUCUACAAACCAUCUGAGGCCCAAACAGAGGCUCCUCCCCCAAUCUCUCCGGUCCCGCCCCCUUCUCCGAUGCACCGCCGCUCUCCGGUCCCCCGGAGCCCGGCUCCAGAGGACAGAGACGAGUCUGUGGCAGAGACAGCGGACAGCUCCGUCAUCAUCAGGAUGACGCCACGCAAGGAAGGGGAGGAGCUUCUGACUGUGGAGGUGACAGCAGAAGCAGCGAAGAAGGAGACGAAAGAGGAGACGAAAAAAGAGGAUUAAUGAAUCAAAUUCAGCACUUUUUAAUUUUUUGCUUUUCUUCAUCACCAUUUGAGUUUGUUUGGGAAACUGCAGCAGCGCAUGGCCACAUGUGACACGCCUGAAUGAGGGGCUUCUGCUCCCCCAGGAAGACAAAACAUCCUAUUAGGAGCCGUGAUGAAAGAAACUCCAUUUCCCAGAGUUCCUUGCAGCUUUAACAUAAUGCUUCCUUCACUGAACUGAAGCUUCUAGAUGCAGCGCUGUGUUGUGAGAGGAUGAUUGAUCUGCUCCGUAGCUCCAACAAACAUAAAGCUUUCAGUUACAGUUUCUUUGGAAAAAAUAUUUUUAAAAUUGUUUCUGACUCAUCUAUGUCUCUGAGGGAUGAACUUGCUUAUGACUUGAAAUUCUGUUAAACUGUAAACUGAUGGCCAUUGUUCUGACUAGCAGCCAUGAAGGUCAAUAAAUAUCCAGAAACAAAAAGCAGACAUUUGUAUGUUUCAGGGUGAUUCUAACUGUUUUCCAGUUGUAGCCUCUAGGGGGCGCCAUUUAUCCUUUUCUCUCUAUUUCCAUCUUUGCCACCUUUACAUCCAACACUAUUCAGCUAUAAGGAAUUACUGAGUCUGAAAAAUAUUCCCCAAUAUGAAAAAUGUCCAGUUUUAUUGGAGCUCUGUGUUUCUAAAAGAUUAAACAUGCAGCUUUGUUAAAGUUUGCUGUUUGAGCAGAAAGCAUCUCCUAGAUGUUUUUAUUAGGAUGAAUCCCUGAACUUAGAGCUUCAGGAAACAGGAAGGGCUCGCUGUUCCGCUCAGAGCUGCAGAGGAAACAUGGACAAACUAGGAAAGGAGGAAAAGAUAAACAACCUGGAACAGGAAGCUGCUGAUUAGUGGGAGAGAAGAAGACUGAGGAGCUGCUUUAAUCAUGGCUUUGUCUGCAAGGGUUUCUGGCUGUGCUGGAAAAAAAACACAAGCUUCUGAUGACUAAUAAGGUCGUUAAUCAUCAGGCAUUCGUUAAUAAACUGUUUAUAAACUGGUUAUUCUCUGCAGAGCUCAGGAUGGCACACUGGGAAAAGAUCCAGGUCUUUGAUAGAACUCGGUUUCCCAGAGUUCAGCUCUACAGCUAU